UCUGUUGGGUGGAGCUACGUCUAUGCUUCUUCCGGUUAAACAACUAUUGGCCCCCGAAACGUCAAUAGGAACUCCACGAGGACAGUUCAUCCUCCUUAAAUUUAAGUCAAAUUAAGGAUGGUGAUUUUCCGUGUGCCCACUCCCUCCUGCCAACUGUUUCAGAAAACAGCGUGGAUAAUGCAGAAAUUAUGGAAUUUCAAUUUGCACUCUCAGACAGCUGGCCUUUGUGCCUUUUCGGGUGUUUCAACUGAAAAGCCUCCUCACAUGCCUGUGAUGCUUGAAGAGGUGCUUCAACACUUGAACAUUCACCCAGGUCAAGUGGUCCUCGACAUGACAUUUGGUGGUGGUGGUCAUACUAAAGCAAUCCUUACAGCGGUUUCUGACGUGACAGUCCUGGCCUUAGACCGGGAUCCCACGGCAAUUUCCCUGGCCCAUGACUUAGCAAAGGAAAACCCUGGACGAGUAAAACCCUUACUUGGACUCUUCAGCGAGCUUGAAGCCCUGCUCUCUACCAUCAACGUUAAAGCGGGCAGUAUUGAUGCUGUCCUGUUGGAUGCCGGCUGCUCUUCCAUGCAGAUGGAUGAUGCAGAAAGAGGCUUCUCGCUCAGCAAGGAUGGGCCCUUGGACAUGAGAAUGGAUGGAGAGAGGUUCUCCGACAUGCCCUGUGCUGCUGACGUGGUGAAUACCUUAGAUCAAGAGGCUCUUGCUUCCAUCCUCACUGCAUAUGGUGAGGAGAGACAUGCCAGGAAAAUCGCUUCAGCCAUUGUGGAGGCACGCCGUGUCAACUCCAUCACCCGGACACAGCAGCUUGCAAGUGUGGUAGCAGGAUCAUUUCCUGCAGCUGCUAUGUAUGCUCGAAAGGACAGACUUCACCGACCUGCGCAUGUGGCCACCAAGACCUUUCAAGCUCUGCGCAUCUUUGUGAAUGACGAGUUGAACCAACUUCAUGCUGGUUUACGCGCUGCCCAGACAGCACUGAAAUCUGGAGGACGUCUCUGCGUCAUCACAUUUCACUCUUUAGAAGACCGAAUCGUCAAGCGCUUCCUUCAGGGUGAUGAUUUGACAAAUACAGAGCAGUAUUACUUUGGCAUGGUGAAGCAAAUCACUGGGAAGAAAAUAUCCGUGGAGAGAAAAAAGGAUGGCGCAAUUGCUUAUUGGCAUUCUUUGCAAAAGAAGGUGAUCACCCCAACAAAGGCUGAUGUUAAAGACAAUGCUCGAGCGCGCUCUGCAAAACUUAGGGUAGCUCUCAGGUGUUAAUCUUUUAUUUUUGUUGGUUAGUUUUUUUAUGUACAUGCUCAAGGCUCGAAAUAUGCUGUCUCGCAUUGCUGGUAGGGAGUCAAAAUGUAUAUUUUGUGUCUCAUUAAAACAUUGAAUAGCAAAAGACUCAAGCGCCAAGACGACUGUGAUAAGAAUUUUGCAGAAGAACCACUGAGAUGUUCCCAAAAACCAUUGCUAGGCUCAUAUCACUGAGGUCGAUAAACUGAGGCUCAGAGGGGAUCGAGCCUUUUCCGUUGCUGGUCCCUCUCUCUGGAAUGACCUCCCACUCAACAUUCGGCAAGCCUCCUCGCUGCCCACCUUCAAAAUCCGCCUCAAAACUCACUUGUAUUCUUUGGCAUUUGACUCAGCAUGACUUAGAUUUGUUAUUGGUUUUGCUGUUCGGUGCUUUCUGCCGUCUUUAUUACCGAUUUGCUUUACUGUUUGUUGUAUAUGUUAAUUGCUCCAUGUACGGUACUUUGUAUGCAGCGAUGGCUGUUUGACAGUGCUCUAUAAAUACAGUUGAGUUGAGAAGCUCUGUGUUACUUAUGUAGAAGCAGCGAGCUAGCCACAGCAUUGGCUGGUUACUAGUGCGCCGAAACACAUUGCGGAGUUACUCUGAAGGCAAUAAUCAUCGCCCACGUGGUUGCAAAAUAAGCAAAGGCUUCUGACAAGUGUUAUACAAAGGGGUGAUGAGAAAAGAUGGCAAUGCCAAAUGCUAAGCUAACCUAAGAAUGACAAGACUGGCAUAUUAAACACAGGUGGGCAAUUUGCUAAAUUUUCCUAGUCCGUCAUUUGCCAUCAACUUGGGCACCUGUCCUUCAUUGUCAGUCUGUCAUUUUAAGCUAAAUCAAACUGUUAUCGUCAGUCCAUCGUGUUAUUUUAACACGCUUCCAUCAUCACUUCUGUCAGUGAAAAAAAACAACACAUCCAGUCCGUCAAAUGAAAAAUCUAAUUUUAAUAAAAUGUCAGUGCAUCUCCAUAUUAUGGUGGCUACUCAGAGAUAUUCACACAUGCACGCACGCACGCACACACACACAUACGCACGCACACAUGCACAUUCACACAAACACACACACACACAUUUUUGCCAAUCUAUUAAAAUUUUCAAUACAGCGGAAGCAGGCUGGUGGCUGCCUGCCACUGCUUUAACUACUAAAACGCCAAAAUGCUUUAAUUUAAAGUUGGUCUUACCUUAACCAAAAUCACACGUCACAUUCUAGCCAAAAGGUACAAUCCUGGUGGAUUUAGUAAAUCCUUAUGGAAACAGAAAUCUAUGGUUGCAUUUUCUUAGAUGUCCUCAUUGUAGUCUUCUUUUACUUUUGCUUCUUCUUUUUUUUUACCUCUGUCUUUUGCUCCACAAAGUUGGAAACAUGCUCCUCAAAUCAAGUCAUUGAUUCACAAUGUUCUGCAAAGAAAAAAAAAUCUAUCCUUGCUUGUCAUUCAUACAGCUAAAUGUGCAAGUGUUGCUGUAUAUAAUUUUAGAGAUGUAUUACUACAUUAUGAUUUGAUGAAAAUCUGAGAAUCACAGGCCAGAUUGUAAAUAUUUAUUCAAUAGGUUAAUAUUGAUCUCAAAAAGUCUUUACAAUUGAUUAAUAAAAUGCUACAAUUUGGGGAAAAAAUGUUUUGCCUCACUAUUUGACAAGGUCUAACAACUGCCACGGUCUUAAAUAUUUGAUGCUGCAGUCCUUAGGAGCAGACAUCUAAAAGUGUGAGAAGUGUAAGAAAUUGUUCCUGAUCUAAUAACUGUGAGAAAAGUGGUUCUCAAAGUUUUUAAACCAAGUACGACCUCAAAAUACUUGAUUCUCCAAGUACCACCAUAAUGAACAACAUUAAAAUACAGUGCAGCUAAACACACACACACACACAAGCACGCAUGCACACACGCAUGCACACACACACACACACACACACACACACACACACACACACACACACACACACACACACACACACACACACACACACAGAGUAUAGUUCAUAUUGACAUAUUUAUAAAUGUUCAGUGAAACCCCUACCAUAUCUCAUGGGUAACGAAUGCUACUAAAUACUGUACUGAAUAACGGCAAGUGUUAAAAGUGGUGCUGAAUGAGCUAUAAGGUUGCUCUUGAACAUUCUCACACCUUAGGAUUUUCGACAAAUUGAAUAUGUUCCAUCAAUGUUAUUCUUUGAUGCAGCCUUCUUUUUACCUUGGAAGCAAAAUGUUGCAUGUCCUGAUCCAGGUCCUGAGACUUUAAUAUCUGUUACCACCAGCAUUGGAACUCUCUGCUACCUGUCCUCCCCAAAUCUGAAUCCAUCCCCAUUUUCCACUAAAAACACAACAGCUUAAAAUCGCCUUAACACUGUAAUGCAUUGCUGUGAUUGCUUAUUUAUUCAUUUGAAUUCUUUUUGGAAUGGGCAGUUAUAAUUCUGCCCUUGUUGUACAAUGUCUUUGCUGGGCCUUGAAAGGUAACAUUAACAAACCCGCCUGAAUUGUCCGAACGGCCAAUAUCAAGGAACGUCCUCUGAUCAGUUCAUUGAAAUUGGUUUGUAGCAAAACAGUUAAAAGAAAAUAUACUUUUUUUCUACUUCAGUACAUCCUGAUAACUGGGUGAAUGAGGUGACGAUAGUGCAGGACCGGGCGAUCGAAUGUAAUGAGCUUGAGUCCUCGCUGUUAGAGAGCGACUGGACUACAUUUGAUUUAUGUCACUUCUCUUUCUUUCCGUCUGUUAAAAUUUCUGGAACCUGAAGGUAACCAGAUGUAUUUAAAUCGAUGUGUAUAAGUUUGUGAAAUGGCUUCCUAUUUGCCUGCUUAACAGAAUCUCUGAAUGUUAGGAGUAUGUUUGUCACUUACAUACUGUAUCGAUGUCCAUCCAUCCAUUUUCUGAUGUGCUUAUCCUUCCUCACAAGGGUCUGUAUCAAUGUAUCAGUUCUUAAAAUAAUUCUGUCAAGCAAGCAAAGAUUGGGCAUGAUGUCAAGUUUCUGUCAAAAGUGAGUGAGGGGGUUAUUUGCAUGUGAUCAAUCUGUCUAUAAAAACUACAAAUGACAUUUCACAUUCUGAAAAUGUUUUUAAUCACUGCAAGUUAUUUAAAAACGAGAAGUGGUCGAAAGUCAAAAGGAUUUGUUACUCAAUGCAGGUGGUGAGCAUAAGACAAUAACAUUGUUGUUAUCAACCCCUGCAAAUUCUAAAUCACUUUGGAGAAUGUUACCUGACAGGAUAGUAAAAAAAAAAAAACAAA